AUGCGUAUACACGUGUUUGCCGCAGUGGAUAGUGGCGAUUCUUGUCACUUGCCGGCCCUGCAACUUGCAGAACCUGGGGUUGGGUCAUCCCUCUCGAGAUUCUUGCCUCUUCGGAGCAUGCUGCUUAUAUCACUCUUACAAUCUGGAUCAUCUAGCUCACGUAAAGUGCAUUCAUGCCUGAAAUUACGUGUACUGGGGUACGUCUUAGCCAUGUGUUACACUCUUCGACCCGGUUUUCGAGGGAGAAACGUGGUCAACUGUACCGAGCCAUGCUGCGCAAUAUCUGCGAAAUGGUUGACCUGGUCCUUUGUAAAUGAUUCAUGCACCAGAAUCGCUUCGCAAAUAUCCCUGGUUUGA